UUUCUCUCGCGAGAGCGGAAGUCUCGCACCAGGGCCCCAACAAGCUCGGGAAGAAACGCGCUUGCGUCGUCGCGUCGGUCGGUGUUUGAGGCGCUCGGAGGAGGCACCAUGCUCCUCACCUCUGUCCUCCUCCGCGGGCGCAUCCCGGGCCGGCAGUGGAUCGGGAAGCACCGGCGGCCGCGGACCGUGACUUUCCAGAUGAAGGAGAACAUGCUCCGGCGCCUGGAGGUGGAGGCCGAGAACCACUACUGGCUGAGCAUGCCCUACAUGACCCCGGAGCAGGAGUUCGGCCACGCCGCCGAGCGCAGGGCCCAGGCUUUUGAGGCCAUCAAGGCAGCCGCCACUUCCAGGUUCCCCAAGCAUAGAUACGUUGCCGACCAGCUAAACCAUCUCAACGUCACGAAGAAAUGGUCCUAACCCGGAGCCAUCACCUUUACCCAUAAGGAUACCAGACUGCUCUGCCCUUACCCGGUCCUGGAGCUGCAAAAAAAAUUUAUAUAACUGUGACCCUCCCCCCUUCGACCAGAAUCUUAUUAAAACAAACACCAUCAA